GAUCCGCCCACAUUCACAUAUGACGUCGGUGGUUCUGGUAAAGGGGGAAAAAAGUUCCGUUUGACCCCACUAACUGCGCAUGGUGUCAUUUUAAAUCCACUACUGGACACACGACUCCGGUGCUUUUAAGGCAAUGUUUUCCAGAGCGACUGCCAGCUUUGUCCGGCAGGUCGACCCCGAUGGGAGCCUCAUCCAUGUGUGCGGGAUUAAUGACGCUGGCAAACUGACCCCGUGGGCUCUUGUGGCCAAAAGAAAGCCAAUCUGGUCCUGGAAGAAGCCCAAAUACCACCCCACCGGCUUCAGCCUGAGUAAAGUGCUGCUCGGGGGUGAGCUGCUGAGUCUGGGGACGACUGAGGGUGACUUUGUCACCUACUCCGAGAGAUGUGGUACCCUCCGCUCUGGGAAACUGGAAACUGCGGCCAUAAAAGCCGUGGUGACAUUGGAGGGCCACGGCACCUCCAAACUCCAGUCCAGUUUUGGCCAACUGCGGAAAAAGGAGCUGGAUAUCAAUAACCUGAUCGAUUAUUCUAAUGAGAGGCUGGUGAACAUGAACCACGAUUUGGUGAAGCAGCUGGAGAAGAGCAAUGUGGUUCUGGCUGUGGUCAAAGAGGUGAUCCUCACCGCCAGCGUCUGCUCCAUUGUGGAAAACAAGACCAACCAGUGCGACUUGCAGUUUGUGGUGGAUCUCUUCGAAAUGCUGUGGAGCGCAGGGAAGGUGUCUGCCAAGGGAAGAGGCAAUCUGGAGCGGGACACUGACGUUUCCAUGGAGAUCCCCUCUGGCACAGUGGUGGCAUACAGCGUCCUGGAGCUGGAGAUCAAAAAGGAUGGUCACUAUAUGAUUUGUUUGUCACAUGGGAAAAAUGGUGGUUUUGAGGCUGACAUGCUGCAGGAUAAGGUCUCGCAAGAUUCGCUCUGUGUGGUGGACGGACUUCCUCAAGAUGUUGCCGGAAGUGCACCUUUAAAUGGCUGGUUGGAUGAAAGGCUUUCUUCGCUCGCACUGCUCCCACAAGCCACACGCCAAGUCUUAUUUCAGAAUAUUUCUCAAAUGAUGAGGGUGAAAGAAGUCCUGUCUUGUCUUCAGGGUGCGCUGGAGGACAUUUUCCUAGAUGACACACAGUCGCACAGUCAACAUCCGUUGCUGUCCAGGCUAUUGGGUGUCGGUUAUGAGCCUGAGAGCACCUCCUGUGACCCAGCUGCUCUCCUGGAGUCAGUUCUGGUGGUGCUGAGCGCCAUGGAAGAGCUGCCUGAUGAAACUCUGGGCCUCCUCAGUGAGAGUGAACCAGAUUUCCUAGAGGCCUGUGAUGAUAUGGUUUGCUUGUUCAAAGGGACGGGCUCAUUUGUCUCCUGCUCGUCCCUUCCUCCUCUGCUACAAGAGAUCCAGGAUUUCCAGAAGGCUAAAGAACUCUUCCAGUCUGCCAACCUGACCCUCAGUCGGGAUGCUGACAGAGUGUGGGUGGAUGGAUGGAGCAACCAUAGUGUGGAGAUGUUGGUGCUCUGCAUAACACUCCAUGGACUGUCUUCAUUACUCAGAAAAUAGCGGUCAAAGUUGUUCAGCGUGCUACAUUUGCAUUUACCAAUAAUAAUCCAAUAUAACUAAUACUCGCAGAUUUCUUGUAUAUUUCUCUACAAUUUAACCAUUUCCUUUGAAUCAUUGAAAGAGCGCUUGCUGAGUUUCAGCUUGCUGCUGAAACUCCAGUUAUAUGAGACUUGCUGUCAUAAUAUAAACAUAAGACCAUGUGCAUAAGCUGAACUGUUUUAUAAUGUUCCAAAUAUCUAGCCAUGUAUUUCGAGAUCAAUUUUAUACAAAAUGACUGACAAAAAACAAACAUAUUUUAAAAUAUAACAUUUAUAUUUUUUGUUUAUUGUUUAUAAAUUACUGUUAAAAUAAAAACAUACACUCUGAGUUAUAAACAGUGCUAUAUUAUUAAUGUAUGAAAUACAUUUGUGCAUUCAUGUAAGAAGGCUAGAUCAGAUUUUUUCUUUCAUAGACACUGAAUUGGCUUAUUUUUCCAAAAUAAUAAUUUGUGACAUACACAUUCUAAUUAUAUAUUUCUUUUUUUUUUACUCUGUUUGUCUACUAAAUCAAAGAAAACAUUGUUUUACAUUUAUGCGGAUAUUGAAAAUUCAUGCUACAUAAGUGUACUUCUCAUAAUGGGUGCUGCUUUUACCGUAGCUAUUACUACAACCUGUGUUCAUAAUUAUUAUGAUGUCGAUCUAUAACAACUAAAAUCCAGAUUUUUCAUGAUUUUUUUGUGUUUGCAUCAAAACAAUUUUACACAGACAUUUUUUAAUCUGAGCUAUUUUACAACUCUUGUGUAUUAUUGUUUUUUUUUAUCUAAGCUCCUUUAGUUUGUGUAGUGUGAUGUCAUAUUGCCCAGCUCCAGUCUUGUUACAGCAUGAUACUAUUUACUAUUUAUACCUUAUUUUUUUAAGGUAAUGACAAGUUAUAUGACAUUUGCAUCAGUGUCUAGUGUUUGUUUUGACAAUAAUCCUCCGCAUUUGUGGGGGGCAGCAUUGUGUCAUUUUGUCCACAACUUGUAAAUGAAAUAAGCAAGAGGAGAAGAAAUA